AUGCCUACGAAUCCUACGCAUCCUACUUCUCAACCCAACAGCCCUCCUCAGGGCUAUUCUGACACGGCCGCAUUGGGCACAUCUUCUGGGGAUGGACAACCAUCCACCAGUCGAGUGAACAUGGCCAACUAUGUCACUCUUUUGGGCUUGUUGACGAGUGUUGCACCUCGUCAAGACAGGCCUCCACCAACAGCUGCAACUGCCCCUCCAGGACGCAGUGGAAGCCCACCACCGUCUCGAGAACCCGGCAGCGAUAUGGUCGUCUCUUCCCUGGGAUAG